ACCUCUCUCAGCUCAGCCCCAGAAUGGCUCUUCCCCCGAGUCCCCUGGCUAUGGAAUAUGUUAAUGACUUUGACUUGAUGAAGUUUGAAAUAAAGCGGGAGCCCUCGGAGGGCCGAUCUGGACUCCCUACAGCCUCACUGGGAUCCACACCUUACAGCUCCGUGCCUCCUUCACCCACCUUCAGUGAGCCAGGCCUGCUGGGCAGCAGUGAGGGCCCCAGGCCAGGCCUGGAGGAGCUGUACUGGUUGGCCACCCUGCAGCAGCAGCUGGGGUCUGAUGAGGUGCUGGGGCUGAGUCCUGACGAGGCUGUGGAGCUGUUACAGAAUCAGGGCCAAGUCCCUGCAGAAGGGCCCCUGGACUACUAUUCAGGGAGCCCUGGAGAGACAGGAGCACAGCGUGCCCAGCUGCCAGAGAGAUUUUCGGACGCGGCGCUGGUCUCGAUGUCUGUGCGCGAGCUGAACAGGCAGCUGCGGGGCUGCGGGCGCGACGAGGCUCUGAGGCUGAAGCAGAGGCGCCGCACGCUCAAGAACCGCGGCUACGCGCAGGCCUGUCGCUCCAAGCGGCUGCAGCAGCGGCGCGGGCUGGAGGCAGAGCGUGCCCGCUUGGCCGCCCAGCUGGACGCACUGCGAGCCGAGGUGGCCCGACUGGCUCGCGAGCGCGACCUAUACAAGGCCCGCUGUGACCGGCUUACCUCCAGCGGCCCUGGGUCUGACGACCACGCGCACCUCUUCCUCUGAGCCUCUAGGGCAGGGGGUGUGGAGGUUUGGGGGUGUCUGGGUAGGUGGCACUAUACAGGAG